AAGCAUCGCCAUCUCUAACGAUGAAGUUCCUGGCUAUCUGCAUUUUUCUAAUCUUCGCCCUGGUGGCCGUUCAGGCUCAUCCUGGUGGAUUCGGCGGAUUCGGUGGACGCGGCGGUUCGAACGCAGUUGCCAACGCGAAUGCCGCUGCUACCGCCGACAGCAGAGGGGGCGGUCCAGCUUCCGCCUCGGCCUCGGCCACUGCAACCGCCAACGCCAACUCCGGAGGAGGUGGAGGAGGACAUUUCAGACGCGGAUAGGCCCAAAAUGGAUUCAUAACUGUACUCUCAAAAAGUGGGCACGUCCGCGGACAGACCUCCUCAACUGAAACAAUACCAAUACCAAUAAAUAUUAAAAUG